AUGGCGCCCACCAACAAAAAAUCCAGCGGGGGCCCCUCCUCCAGCGGCUCCAAAACCCGCUCUUCCACCUCUACCUCCACCGCAGGUGCAGGCCCGACGCUCAAAAGAGUCAAGGGCGAGAACUUCUACCGGGAUGCUAAAAAGGUCAAGAGGCUGAAGAUGUUGACGGGCGGGAAGGCGAUACGGGAUAAAGAUGGGAAGAUCAUCCAGGCUGCGGCAUUUCAGAAGGGGGAGGACGAGACGACGCCGGGUAGGGUGCAGCCUGAUCGGAGGUGGUUUGGUAAUACGAGAGUCAUCUCGCAGACUGCGUUGGACCAUUUCCGCACGUCUCUACAGUCAAAACAACACGAUCCAUACUCUGUCCUCCUCCGUCGCAACAAACUACCGAUGCAACUCCUCGACGACGCAGCGAACCCCAACACCCGAAAACGCUCCCACAUCGUCGAGACCGAACCCUUCGGGGAUACUUUCGGCCCCAAAGCUCAACGCAAACGUCCCCGCAUCGAAGCCGGCACGUUCGCCGAACUAUCAAAGCUAGGCUCAGAUGCGUACGACGCUGCGGCCUCUGCGACGUUGGCCGCCGAGAUGUCUUCCCUCGAUCCUUUUGCGCCUACCUCCUCCUCCACCACCAGCACCACCCUUGAUCCCUCCAACCCCUCCGACUCGACUGCGACUGCUACAGGGCACACGACGCACGCGGAUUACAUCGAGCCUAUAUUCGCAAAGGGAACGUCGAGAAGGAUCUAUGGCGAGUUGUAUAAAGUGAUUGAUUCGAGCGAUGUGGUGCUUCAUGUGUUGGAUGCGAGGGAUCCGAUGGGGACGAUGUGUGAGAGUGUGUUGGAGUAUAUGAGGAAGGAGAAGGCGCAUAAGCAGGUUGUGCUUGUUAUUAAUAAAUGUGAUUUGGUGCCCGGGUGGGUUACGGCCCGCUACAUCCAACACCUAACCCCCCGCUACCCGACCAUCGCCUUCCACGCCUCCCCAAACCAUUCCUUCGGCAAAGGCUCCCUCAUCCAACUCCUCCGCCAAUUCUCGCAGCUCCAUUCCGACAAGAAACAGAUCAGCGUUGGGUUCGUGGGGUAUCCCAACGUGGGGAAGUCAAGCGUGAUUAAUACGUUGAAGAGCGGGAAGGUGUGUAAGGUCGCGCCUGUUCCUGGGGAGACGAAGGUCUGGCAAUACAUAACCCUCACCCGCCGGAUCUACCUAAUCGACUGUCCCGGCAUCGUCCCCACCUCCGCUAAAUCCGAUUCACAAACAUCGACGGUCUUAAAAGGCGUGGUGAGGAUCUCGAACCUGCCCACGCCGAGCGAACAUAUCCCGGCGUUGUUGAGGAGGGUGAAGCCGGUUUAUAUUUCGAGGACUUAUGGGAUUCCACUUCCUGGGUCUUCUCCCGCCAUCUCUUCCAAUGGUGCCACUUCUUCAGACCCCGCUGUGAAUGAGGAUGGAGGCGCGCCGGUGAGUCGGGGAUGGGACGCGGAAGAGUUAUUGGAGAAGUUGGCGCGGAUGAAGGGGAGGCUGCUCAAAGGAGGCGAACCGGACAGGGAAGGCGUCGCGAAGAUAUUGUUAGAGGAUUGGGUGCGCGGGCGGAUUCCGUUCUUUGUGGGACCGCCGGAGAGGAGCGAAGACAUUAACAGGAAAGAAGAGAAGGAGAGGAGGGUUAAGGAUAGCGCGGUUAAGGCAGGGGAGAGGACGAAGGUGGAGAGGGCAGGGAGGGAGAAGGGUGAGAAGGAGGGUGAGAAGAGGGAGAAGAGGGAGAGUAAGAAGGAGAGGGAGGAGAGGGAGAGGAGGGAGAAGAAGGUGCCGGGGGUGAGGCAGAACCUUGGUUCGAUUAUGCAGAAGAUUACGUUUGAGGCGGAGGAUGUGAGGCCUUUGGAGGUCGACGAAGAUGUGGAGGAGGAGGUCGAGGACGAUGGGAGCGAUGCGGAGGGAGAGGAUGUGGUGCUGGGUGCGGAAGACGGGGACGAAGGGGACGAUGGUGUGCUGGCGUGGAACGAUGUCUUCCCUGAGGCUGGCGAUGCCGAGUCGUCAGCAUCAAUAUCAGCACGCGUACUCGAAACCGUCGACGGCGCGGGUGAUGAUGAAAUGGAGUCUGGUUCGGGCUCUGGUUCUGGUUCGGACGAUGCAUCUGGAGACGAUGAAGCCGCGUCCGAGGUCGAGGAGGAUGCGUCGAAGAAGGACAAGGAGGGGAGGAUGACGACGAAUAAGAAAAAAGCGACAAACUUCUACUCGUCCGCGAACGUGAAGAACAAGAACAGGGAGAAGGCGAGGGUCAUGAAGGCGUUGCAGGGGAGGAAGGAGGCCAAGACGGGGCCGAAGCCGAAGCCGAAGACGAAGACGAAGACGAAGGGGGCUGGUGGGAGGAAGAGGAAUUAG